AUGGCAAGUUUAACAGUUUUGUUGCGUCAUUCUGGCAAGUGGAACGAUGAGGGCAAUUAUAUCGAUUUUGCAAUUGAGGGAAUACUGAUUAAGGAGUAUGCCUCCUUUAAUGAUCUAGUUGCUUCAAUUUCUAAUCAACUGGGUAUAGAUUUGAGCUCAAAGACCAUUAAAAUACAAUACAAAGUAGAAGGAAAUUGCACGCUAAUGGAAAUACACAAUGAUAUGGGUUACAGAGUGUAUGUAGAAUUGAAAAAAGAGAACAGAGAAUUUGGGAUGUAUCCUUUGUGCGUAACUACUAUCGAAAAAGAGCUUAUAGACGGAGGAGUUCAAAGGUACGAUUCUGAUACUAAUAAUACACUAGCUAUAGAAUUUGUCUAUUCAGGAGAAGCGAUUGGAGUGUUCGAACUCCACAAUGAUUUGAUAAUUUCAAAAACCAAUCAAAAGGAGGUUAUGGCCGGACAAGUUUAUAAGGAUAAGGCUACAUUGAAAGAGGUGAUGGAGAAUUAUGCUAUAGCUCAAAGGUUUCAAUUCCGGGUUGAUCGGUCUAAUGCUGUCAGCUAUGCAUUAUUAUGUAUUUCAGAAGAUUGUGAAUGGAGGUUUAAGGCUUCAAGCAUUAACAAAUCAGAACUAUUCAAGGUGAGAGAAUUCAAUGAUAACCAUACAUGUCCGCUGAAGGAUAAGGUGUACGAGCAGCGGCAGGCUAGUAGCAGCCUUAUAGGUGGUAUUAUAAGGCCAAAGCUUACAAACCAUAAGAGGAAAUACACUCCGAGGGACAUUAUUGAUGAUGUGAAAUCAGAUUUAGGUGUAGAUGUUAGCUACAUGUUGGCGUGGAGGGCUAAAGAAAAGGCAAUGAAUUUUCUUAGAGGUGAACCGGCUGAUUCAUACAAAAAAUUACCAGGAUACUUAUAUAUAAUGGAUAUGACAUAUCCAGGUUCCCACAUCAGAAUGGUAAAAUCGCCAAAGAAUGAGUUCAUGUACGUGUAUAUAUCAUUGUAUGCCUUUAUAAGGGGGUUUGAUCAUUGUAGACCAAUUGUUGUUGUGGAUGGAAGUAACCUAAAAUCUUACUACACCGGUACAUUCGUUUCGGCAAGCACGUUGGAUGGUGCAGGUCAUAUAUUACCACCAGCAUAUGGUGUUAUUGAUUCAGAGAACAAUGCUGCUUGGACGUGGUUCUUUGAGCAAUUCAAGAUAGCAUAA